CAGAAGAAGAAAACGAAGCGUGUGUUUCUUAAACGUCAGCAAUCGCCGACUGAUAUAGCAUAUGAUUUCUCUGACAUUUAAUUAAACAGACCUGUUUUCUUUCGUUAACUAAAGGUUAUCUAACCACUGAUUUAUUUAAGGUCCUGUUGCAUAGCUGCUUUGCCCCUUGAACGUUUGGUUCCGAUAUACUUAAUAUUGUACACUGGACUUCACGAUUAAUGACUUAAUGACAAGUUUUUCAGAGACAUUAUGAUAGCGCACUCUUUAGUGAAGAGAGUUUAUUCGUGGAUGCCAUGCCUCGGACGUGUUUGCAAACAGCUCUGUCGGAGGACAUCUUUUCAUUCCACUGUAAUCCCACAGAAUUGGCUCCGAUGUCUAUUUCCCUCCCAGCCCAGACAUUUCGUAUUGUCCCCGUGCGAGCUCAAGGGCAGAGAUGACUUCGGUGGAGGUUUUAUUGGACACACGGAAGAGGAUGAGGACGAUGGAGACGAAGACUUCAUGGAGGACAGUGAGGUGGAUGAACUGUUUCAACAGCAAAUUCCCACCAGAUUUGGGGAUGGAGAGUACAGGAUCUUCAUUGUUCACCCUGAUGUGAAAUGGGGACGCAAGAAGCAAUAUCUGACAUCAGCUGAGUUGAUGAUGGCUGAGGCUGUGGGGCUGGUUAACACCUUGGAGAACUGGAGCGUAGUGGAUAAGAUAAUCCUCUCCACCAAAACUCCAGAGAAGAAGAAGAUAUUUGGCAAGGGGAAUUUCCAGUCUCUCACAGAGAUAAUAAGGCAAACACCAGGAAUCAAUGGUGCUUUUGUCAAUGUUGAGCACCUGUCGCCUUUGUCUGAGAGGGAGUUUGAGGAAGCCUGGGGAGUAAAGGUCUUUGACAGGUAUUCAGUGGUACUUCACAUCUUCCGCUGCAAUGCUAGAACUAAAGAGGCCAAGUUACAGAUCUCACUGGCAGAGAUCCCCUUGGUCAGAUCUCGACUGAAAAAUGAAAUGGCACAUUUGGACCAGCAGGGUGGAGGCUCAAGAUACAUAGGCGGUUCAGGUGAGACAUUUAUAGAGGUCCAGCAAAGGCUGUUGAAAGAGAGGGAGAUGAAGAUUCGCGCUGCUCUUGAGCGGCUACGUAAGAAGAGGCACCUGCUACGCUCUCAGCGUAAAAAGAAAGACUUCCCUAUCAUCUCUGUUAUGGGCUACACCAAUUGUGGAAAGACCACUCUGAUUAAAGCGCUGACCGGGGAUUGUGGUCUCCAGCCCAGAAACCAACUUUUUGCCACCUUGGAUUUCACUGUCCAUGCUGGUCAGUUACCCAGUCGCAUGACUGUGCUGUACGUGGACACCAUUGGCUUUCUGUCCCAGCUGCCCCACCAGCUCAUUGACGCUUUCUCUGCCACCCUGGAAGAUGUUAAGCACGCUGACCUGAUAGUUCAUGUCAGAGACAUCAGCCAUCCAGAGACUGUGAAUCAGAAAGUCAAUGUGCUAAAUGUCCUAAAGAACCUUCAGAUCCCUGAUAGGCUGAUGAGCUCCAUGAUAGAGGUGCACAAUAAGGUUGACCUACUCGAAAAUUACCAGCCCUCAGAGCCAAAUUCCCUACCGAUAUCUGCCUUGAAAGAACAGGGCUUGGAUGAACUGAAGAAAGUCGUCGAAGAGGAGAUUGUUAAGUCCACUGGAAAACUAAUUUUAAACCUCAAAGUUGACCUCAGCACUCCUCAGUUAAGUUGGCUGUACAAAGAGGCCACAGUUCAGGAAGUGAAUGUGAUCGCUGAUGAAGGCUUGGCUGUCACCAGUGUUAUCAUCAGCGCCGCUGCUUAUGGACGCUACAAGAAACUAUUCACAGACAGAUAGCAAAACAUCAGUAUGCAACUACUACUAUGUGGACAAAAAGAUUGGAAACUGAGCAGUACACUGUUUUGACCCUGUGCAAUGAGCACAUUGAUAUCACUGUUUUGUGGCUGGUUACUAAUAAACAAGAACAGCAGAACAAAACUGUGUUAGCGUAUGUAUUUCAGAUUACAUUACUGUAAACAAUCACCAUAACAUGUCUAUGAUGGACAUAAUUGUAAAGUCGUUGAAAAUGUAUUAAUAUGUAAUGUUCAUAGCAUAUGAGAGCCAUAUCAUAUAAAAUGCUUAAAAAUAUUUUUACUCUCGAAUAUCAUUAUUUAUGAUGCAUCCUCUUUCCUCUUGUUAAACAUGAAAUCACUUUGUGGUUAAAGUGCAUUUACUCAAUGUAAACAAGCUCAUCUCUGCAAAGAAAUAUUUCAAGCAUUCUUGUGAAAACUUGAAGGAACCCAUGAAUCAAUGUUGCUUAGCAUUCGGAAAAUGAAGGUGCAAGAAGUAUUCGGAGGCUAUUUUGGAGUUUGUAAGAUACAAAAAAUUCUCAAUA